AUGGGCAGCAUCGACCGAUUCCCUUCCAACGUGGACCUAUCCCACCACAUCAAUGCCAAGAGCAAAGCCCGCCAUCCCUCGCCGUUGAAAGACAUCAUCAAGUUCAUGGGCUACGAUGGCAUGAUUAGUUUUGCUGGAGGACUCCCGCACCCAUCUCUUUUUCCGCUUGAAGAGGCCAAGUUCAGCUGUUUGACUCCAGAAGCGUCCCUCGCCGGAGACCGCAAGGUGGGGGCCGAGAACCCGGACAUACUGAGUCUAACUCUUGGCCGGGGUGCAUCACCUGGCGAUCUGGAGUUGUCUCAGUUUUUGCAAUACGGUUCUGGGGCCGGCAACCGCCAGUUAGUUGAACUGGCGAGAGAGCUGACCGAGACGGUCCAUGCGCCUCCAUGCGAUUACGAAUGUCUGCUGCACCCGGGAAAUACGAACGCUUGGGCAAAGAUUGUCGGCCUUCUUUGUGAAGAAAACGACCUUGUUCUUGUCGAGGAGUUUACCUAUCCUUCAGCUCAGGCUCUUUGGAUUCCCCUUGGGAUUAAGGCCGUGCCCAUUCCAGCCGAUGCAGAUGGUAUCUUGGCACAGGAUCUCAGGUCAACUCUCCAGAACUGGGAUGCGGAGAAGAGAGGCGGCCCUAGACCUAGAGUACUUUAUUUGGUUUCUGUGGGAUCAAACCCCACCGGUAUCACUAUCACAGCCCAAAGGCGCAGGGAGAUAUACGACGUUUGUGUUGAAUUUGACAUCAUCAUCGUCGAGGAUGACCCAUACUAUUUCUUGCAAUUCCCCGGAUACCUUACCCCCAAGGAACCCGCAUUCCAACGCAAGCCAACAAAGGAAUUUCUCAAGAAUCUGGUUCCGACGUUCCUGUCAAUGGAUGUCCAGGGCCGCGUGAUACGCCUCGAAUCGUUCUCAAAGACGCUGUUCCCAGGACUUCGCAUGGGAUACUUCGUGGCCAACCCUGUCUUCACUGAACGUCUCCUCCGCGCGACAGAAGUUGAGACACAAGACCCCGCAGGUCUUAGCCAAGCUCUUGUCUUGGGCUUACUCCGACGCUGGGGCAUUGAUGGCUAUCUUACUUGGCUUCAGAGCCUCCAAUUUCAGUACCGUGAGAGGAGAGACUGGCUACUUGACGCGUUCCACGCACGCUUUGUCGUUCUCCCUGCCGCGAAGUCACCAGUACCCCAGGCGCAGGGGCUCGUCGCAUGUGUAAGGUCUCAGCAAAGUGGAGAGUUGCGACCAGUCUUCAGCUUCGUGGACCCUGGUGCUGGCAUGUUCGUCUGGUGCAAGUUCUACUUCGAUGGUAUUGACGAGUUCAUGGAUAUGGAAAAGUCUGGCGCUAGCAAAGACCCCGAGAAAGAUUUUGCGGACGAGCUAUGGAAAGCGUGGGCUACCGAGCUCGUACUUCUUACACCGGGAUCUUAUUAUCAUGCGUGGCAAGGGCCGGACAUGACGACAACAAAGGCACGUGGUGCCGACCCACGAACGGCGCACUUCCGCUUUUCGUUCGCAACACCGACGAAGGAGCAGAUCGAUACUGGCGUUGAACGCCUGUCAAAGGUCGUAGAGAGGUAUUGGCGGUGA